AAGGCUUUGCCAAAACAGCUCUCUCCCUCAGUUUGUGGUACUGUAAGCCGGUCAUUUGAUCGAGUCUGCUUAACACGUAACAACGGUUCAGAUCCACCCCAUUGGUAAAUUAAACAGCCUGGACUUUGAGUCUGGGGAGCAUCACAUUUGUCGCAGCCUGUAGGGCGGUAAGAGUUCUACCGUCAGGGCCGAAGCAGAGUCUCGAGAUGCACCCUCACUGAAUUCUCAAAAUUAGUGGCCUGAGUCGUCGCAACAAAGCCUCGGUGGUUAUAGAUCCGAAAGUUGAGGGCCAGCCUGCUGCCCAUUGCAGGUUCCACAAAUGACAUCGGGAGGAUCCUUUUGUACCAUGAUGUCUUCGUUUCCAGAUGGAUGAUCUUUAAAGGGAUGUCCUCCUGGACUGGACCUGUCUUCACGGAUGUCUUUAUAGGUGCCUGUCUCUCAAGGUCGGUGGGAGAGACCGUCACACUACCUCGACGAGACCGGCGAUCUUGACGCCAUGGCGCACAUAUUUGACAUAGCAGGAGCCAUCAGGGAUACUUCAGGCCUUUACAAAGACGGGGUCAAGAUCGAUCCGAACCGCGUCAAGUUCCCCUCGACCGACGUCUUUCAUGGCAUCAACAAAGCCUCUCGCAUCGAAGGCGACAUCUUCGAUCUCGAAGUCACGGGAAGCAUCCCGCCCGAGAUAGACGGCACCUUCUUUCGCGUCCAGCCGGAUCACCGCUACCCCCCAAUCUACGAGGAUGACAUCCAUUUCAACGGCGACGGAAACGUAACGGCCAUCCGCAUCUCGCACGGCCACGCCCACUUCAAACAGCGCUAUGUCCACACGGAGCGGUAUCGGCAUGAGACCGCGGCCGGCCGAGCGCUUUUUGGCAGAUACCGCAACCCCUACACGGACAAUGAAGUGGUCAAAGGGGUCAUUCGCACCGCGGCGAACACGAACGUGUUUUUCUGGCGCGGCAUGCUGCUGGCGACAAAGGAGGACGGACCUGCAUAUGCUAUGGACCCCGAGACACUGGAUACGAUCGGCCGAUACGAUUUCGAGGGCCAAGUUCUGUCGCCCACGUUCACGGCCCACCCGAAGUUCGACCCCGUGACGGGCGAAAUGGUAUGCUACGGCUACGAAGCGGGCGGGAACGGCAACGAUGGAUCCUGCGAUAUAGUCGUCUACACCAUCAGCCCGGACGGAUUCAAGACGGAGGAAGCUUGGUACAAAGCGCCAUUCUGCGGCAUCAUUCACGACUGCGGCAUCUCGGAGAAUUACCUCGUCCUCCCCAUGACACCUUUGAAAUGCGACGCCGAAAGAUUGAAGAACGGAGAGAACCACUGGGCAUGGGACCCCGAAGAGGAUCAGAUGUAUGGCAUAGUGCCUCGUCGUGGUGGUAAGCCUGAGGAUAUUAUUUGGCUGCGAUCGCGGAACGCGUUCCAAGGCCACACUGCCGGGUGCUACGAGGACGAGAAUGGCCAGAUUGUCUUCGACCUGACUGUCGCCGACGGCAAUGUCUUCUUCUUCUUCCCUCCCGUCGACAAGCCGGUGACGAUUCCGAAGCUCAUCAACAAGACCACGCGCUGGAUCUUCGACCCAAAGGCCAAGAGCGGCUCGUCCGUGGAACCGUUUGAGGAGCUCGACACGCUCCCGGGGGAGUUUUCCCGCAUCGACGACCGCCUCGUGACCCAGAAAUACAACCACUUCUGGCAGUGCCUCAUCGACCCGAGCCGGCCAUAUGACGCGGAGCUCUGCGGCGUCCCUGUCGGCGGGCUGUUCAACUGUCUCGGGCAUUUCACCUGGAAGGACAAGGGCUUCAGCGACGUCUUCUACGCCGGCCCCACGUGUACGUUCCAAGAGCCGACAUACAUCCCGAAGCGAGGAGGCGAGGAAGGAGAGGGGUGGAUCAUCGCGCUGCUGAACCAUCUGGACGUGUUACGGAACGACAUUGUGAUCUUCGCCUCGAAUAAUUUGGCUGCGGGCCCGCUUGCCAUCGUUCAUUUGCCAUUUGCGCUGAAGCUCGGUUUGCACGGUAACUGGGUUGAUCAGAGCGAGAUCCAGGCCUGGCGAGAACGUAGGGGUGCCGAUGGGGAUCUGGGACCGGUGAAGGCGGCGGACCGGCCUCUCCCGUGGCAAUUGAAGGAGGCUGCAGGUACGAAUGGGCAUGGAGCUACCGAGUCAAAUGGGCAGGUGAACGGGCUGAACGGGCAUUGAGUGAUCCUCGGACGAGAUUAAUGUAUCGUACUACCUGACGUGAGGAUGUCAGACAUAGGCGUUCGAAAGAACCACAAGAAGAAAACAGUUCUUACCAAGGGCUACCGUCG